AUGUCCACUGACCAAGACGAAAAACUUAUUUUUUCAGAACUUUUUAACCGCUUGAGAAGGGCCAUAUAUAAAUACUACUCUCAAUGCCAAAAAAAGAGCAAUAAAUUUUUAACAAGAAUUUCUUUGCAAAAAGAACAAACAACUGAGCUGGCUACAUCACAUUGAUCAGAAGUUUCUAGAGAAAAUUGUUAAAAUAUAAAAUUCUCUAUUAAAAAUUUAUACCAAAAUUUCUGAGCAACUGCCACACAAUCAAAACUCAAAACUUUUCUAUCAAAAGCAUGCACAGGCUGAGCCAGUUUAUUUAAUCGGCUCACACACGAAUCCGCAAUGGGAAGUUGAGGUUCCUUUGUUGUACAUAAAAUAAUAUAGUGGCGUCGAAGGAAGAUGGACUCCGAGACACACUUCUAUGGAGAAGGUAGCAUCCAUCCCGAUAAAGCUUUAAAAAAAAAAUGCCUCUGCAAGUUUUGAAUCUUAACUUAUUAGGUUCUGUAUUUAACGCCAUUCACGGGGUGGCCCCUCCCAGAGCUUCCCGCUGCUUCUUCGCCGCAUAGGGCCCGCCGACCGUCUGGGGCCAGUCAGCCUCGAUCUCGAGUACGCGCCUCCGGAGCAGUGUUGCCGACUAAGGCGGACAAGUUUUGAAUCAGGUCUUUAGGUUUCAGGAUUCUUGCUGAAGAUAAGGCUUUGUCUCUAACUAAUGGUUUUGCCUCCAUUUAAUCUUUGCUUAUCAGAACUAAGGCACAUAAGCAAGAAGUGACUCUAAUAGAGGUGGCUAAUGAUUAGGUUUUGUAAAUUUACACCAGAUAGAUAGGCUAGUGACCUAUCCUCUUAUGUCCUGCUAAUCUUUAAGUUGACUUUGUCGUACUCUUUAAAAUACAAAGAAUAUUAUAUCGAAUUAUGGCUUCCUCAGGGUUCAGAAUUUUUGCUGACCAAAAAGGGAAGCAAAAUAUUAUAUUUUUGUCUCUUAAUUAUCUCGUAGAGUAGGAUGAUAUUACCUUACUACUGCCAAAUUAAUGAAGUAAAGGAUAAUUGAUGACUAUCCAAAAAGGCAAAGCCCAGAAGGAACUUUAGUUAACUAUGUAAGGCCAGCUAGGCCUACUUUAAAACCCCAAGCAGCAAAAUUCCAAUUUAAAAGCCAGUGCGCUUCUCAAGGAAAAAAUCCUGAAACCAAUGAAGAUGCUUAUUUUUCCUCAAGAUUUGCGAUAGGUGUAGCAGAUGGGGUUGGAGGAGUUAUAACACUUCGCAUUAAUUGCGAAAAAGGUCUGAAAUGCAAAGUUCAUCCUUCAUCAUAUGGGGCAAUUUUCCAUAUAUUACUGCACAAAUAAUAAGACCCCUCCGCAAUUAAUGCGAGUAAUUAUAAGAAAGAUUUCGGGAUCUCAAGCUCAGCAUUUUCUCAUGAGUUAAUGGAAAAUUGCAAAAAAAUUGCAGAAAAAUACGACUCUGCCUUUGAAAGCAGCUCAAAGAAACUGAAGCAUUUUCUCAGCAGCCCUUUAAGCGGAGACCAAAUUAUUUCUCAAUCAUAUUCUCAAGUAAUCAACGGAGGAAGCUCUACUUUUCUUUUAUAACUAGAGAUUUGCUUUAGCUAGAUUAAAACCUUCCACUUAUAAUAUUUUUAUGAAAAUAAAAUUGUAAAAUUUACUAAAUAUUUUAUAAAAUACAAAUGAAUCAACAAUUAUGAUUGGCGCUCAAGCCAAGCUAUAUCUGGCUCUAAACGAUAGCAAGUUUGCAAGGCUCCCAUCUUAAAAUAUCAAAUUUGGGAGACUCUUCGGUAAUGGUCCUCCGAGAAGGCUACUCAGAGUUGGAAACAAUUUUUAAAUCUACCCCAAAGCAGCACUCCUUUAAUUGUCCAUACCAGCUUUCCAAAAAAUUCACAAAUUCCCAAAUUGCAUCUCUGAAAAACCCAAAAAAUAUCCCAAAAGAAAUUUUCUCGGAUGAAGUUUCUGAUGCUGACAAGUACAGCAUCCAAAUAAGAAAAGGCGACAUUUUGGUCAUUGGGACUGACGGGCUGUGGGAUAAUUUAUUCACUGAAGAAGUUUUCGCAAUUGUGAAAAAAUCUUAUGAAGAAAAUAAAAAUGAUCUCAAAAUUGCAGCAGAAAGGUUAUAGGAGUUUACCAUAUAUGGCCCGAUAAGGGCAGUGGGUUCUCCGUGGAAUCCCUCUGCUGGUUGAGCCAACCAGUGAAUUGGUCAAACCAACGCACUGAGUUAGUUUUGACCAACAGAGGGAUUCCAGGAGAAACCCACGACCCUUAUCGGGUCAUAUAGGGAAAACUCCUAUAGUUUCUGAAGCUAAAAAUCGAAUGAGCAGCUGGGAUGCUACGCCUUUUAGUUUGGAAAGUUCUAAACACACAGGAAAAAAUUUUACGGGUGGAAAGCGAGAUGAUGUGACUGUAAUAGUAGCCUCCAUCAAUGAUAUCGCCGUUUAA